AUGGCCCACUGUGCUGUUCUGGAGAGCUUAACCGUUGCAAUCCUUCAUAAGGAAACAGUAGAUGAGCUGUCCCUGCUGUCUGACGCCAUCCGUUCAUGCAAGCACCACGUAGCUCUUCGUUGUCCAUCGCUAAACCUGGCAGCAUGGGAACAUCUCUCCGACCUCCCUACCCUUCCCAACGUGGUGAUUUAUGGGUUGGGUGGAGAAGUCAAAGUCCUUUCCCCGUCGGGCUGGCAUAAGUUCAAUUUCGCACUUUUCCUCAACAUCAAGGUUCUUUGGUUCAGAUAUGAAUGCGAUGUAAUCACGGUCAUGCGAGACUCUGAAUUCCCCUCGCUACAAGGUGCAAAGAAAUCCGCACUGUUUAUUAUAUCGAAACCCAAUCUCUGA